CAGACAACCCAGAUUGUGAAGAGGAACGCACAAUUGGUAUCAACGUGAUGAUAGCCUAUAUUCCAGGAGUGGGUCUUGUCUCACUGUGGGACCACGCAGGUCAAAAGCAGUUCCACAAAACCCACGGCCUCUUCUUCUCUCCAUCCAGCUCGUUCUUCAUCUUGCUAGUGAGUCUAGUGAGAGGAAAGGAGAGACGACGGUGCAGCGAUGAGGAGUUGCGAGAUGAACUUCAGUACUGGCUCUCAUUUCUCAGAUCCUGUUUGGAUGGAGAGUUUAUACCGACAGUGUUGAUAAUGGCCAGUCGAGGAGAUUAUUGUUGUGAUGGUCAGCGUGUGUUGCAGCGUGUGGUCGACUACAUUUGUGAUCUGUUCAAAGGCAAGAUCAACAUCAUUCAAGAAUGUUUGGUUAUUGACUGCAGGCAGAGCAAAUCUCCUGAAAUGAAACAACUGAAGAAGUUAUUACGUGGCAUUAAGCAGCAACUUGAGGAGUCUGCUCCUCUAUAUCCUCGUCUUUGUCAGCCAGUCGUGUCCAAGUUGCUUCCUUCUCUUCGUAAGAAACAAGAAGAUCCAUUCAUGGAGACGGCAACACUCAUGGAGAGGAUUGAGCAAGAAGCAUGUCCAGGACAAGAGAAGGAGGUUGUAGAGAAGGUAGUUGGAUUUCUGGAUGAAUCAGGAGAGAUUGCUGUUGUUGGUGAUGUGGUUGCUCUCAAUCCUGCUUGUCUACAUCAAUAUGCCAUCGGUCCUAUUGUUGCUUCUAAGGAUUUCAAGUGGCAUGUCAAGUCAGAGAGAAAUGAUGGCACAGUAACAAAAGAAGAAGCGAAAACGGCAAUCGAUCAUUUCUUGAGAGAUCACAAGAUUGCUGUUCAACUCGACACAGAUAAAGUUCUCGCUAUCAACAAAUCUCUUGGUAUCUGCUUCAAAGUGGAAGGCAGAGACAACACGUACAUGUUUCCAGCUCUCUUGCCUCCUAAGGAUCUGUCUGUCAUGUGGAAGAAAGAUGAGAGUAAGAAAGUGUAUGUCGGUCGACGUCAAGUGUGCAGAAGUCAGACGACCAUCUUCAGUCCAUCUACAUUCUGCAUGUUUCAAUCUAAAGUUUGCAUUACUUUGGAUCAAAAGGCAAGGCUGUGGAGGGAUGGACUGAUCUUAUCACAAUGCAGUACAGUUCAUAAUCUCAUUGAGUGUUUGGUGGCCAUGAUAGAUCCUGUUCGUUCUGUCGACUUUGUAUGUCGUGGAGGCAAGCAAACAGAAGCAGAAUGUGUUUCACUGUUGGACACUGUCAUGUCUCUUUGGAGAGAUAUGUUAGACAGCUACAGUCCGGGCACUGAAUAUCAGACUGAAUAUCUGAGCAGAAAGCAUCUGAAGGAACACAAAGAACUGAAACAAGUCGCUACCUACUCUCAGAAGGAGAUCGAUGAAGCAAAAGCAAAGCAAGAAGGAGCACAUGCUGCUGUCAAACAAGUAGUUGGUGAUGAGCUGAUGGUAGAAAGUCUUGGUGACCUGCUGGUCGUAUCCAGCAGAGCAGCGACUGGACAGUGCAAUGUGACUUUGAAUGCUGAUAUGAAAAUAAAUGUUUUAAGGGAAUUGGGAGUAGAAGCUUCUCACUUGGGACUUACAUUUCAACAAGGAAACAUGCCUGAUUUCAAGUCUAUAAGAGAUGCUGUUGUUAAACACUGCAGUAGCCAGUGGUAUGAAAUUGGGUUGACCGUAUUGGGACUCAACAGUGAUGAGAUCAGAAGACAAACAUUUGAUAUACCGUAUUCUACUGGCAAAUUGCUUGCUCUCAUUGAAGCACGAAGGACAAAAGAUGGAGGAAGCAAGACGGCAGAGGACUUGUUGAGGAUGUGUUAUAAUAUCUACACCAGUAUGUGAAGAAAUGAAAGUUGAAUUUAAGAGCAAAACGUCGUCAUCCUAGCAGAGUACCUACAGGAGGCUAUGUGAGAGGCAAUGAUCGUCUUCUAUGUCUGAUCUCUAGAAACAAUUUAUUGUAUUGAUUCAAUCAUUCUAUUGAACACUUUAGAGUAUUAUUACACAUUUUGUCAAUUGUAUGAGAUUGAUCAGUUGAACGAUUGUUUGUCUCCUCUCAGCAAAUUGUAACAAGUAGAUAAUACACGUGGUCAUGCUCAAGUUGUAUCAGCUUACCAUCAGGACAGACUGACAAAUGAAUGAUAAUUUGAGUUCAUACUUUCUAUUGUCUUAAUUAAAGGAGGUUCA